UGCCGGGGCUGCGGGCCCCGCCCGCCCGGCGGCCCCAGCGCCGCCGCUGCCGCACCUGCCCCGCGCAGCCCCGGCGCCCGCCCGCCGCCAUGGCGGACCCGGCCGAGUGCAGCAUCAAGGUGAUGUGCCGCUUCCGGCCCCUCAACGAGGCCGAGAUCCUGCGCGGGGACAAAUUCAUCCCCAAAUUCAAGGGCGACGAGACCGUGGUCAUCGGGCAAGGGAAGCCCUACGUCUUUGACCGGGUGUUACCUCCCAACACAACCCAGGAGCAGGUUUAUAAUGCCUGUGCCAAGCAGAUUGUCAAAGAUGUUCUGGAAGGCUACAACGGCACAAUCUUUGCUUAUGGCCAGACCUCAUCGGGAAAAACACACACCAUGGAGGGGAAGCUGCACGACCCUCAGCUGAUGGGAAUCAUCCCCAGAAUUGCACACGACAUCUUUGAUCACAUCUACUCCAUGGACGAGAACCUGGAGUUCCACAUCAAGGUUUCCUACUUUGAGAUAUAUUUGGACAAAAUAAGGGACCUCCUUGAUGUGUCAAAGACAAACCUCGCUGUACAUGAAGAUAAAAACAGAGUCCCCUAUGUCAAGGGCUGUACAGAGAGAUUUGUGUCCAGUCCUGAGGAGGUGCUGGAUGUCAUCGACGAAGGCAAGGCCAACCGGCACGUGGCCGUGACAAACAUGAACGAGCACAGCUCGAGGAGCCACAGCAUCUUCCUCAUCAACAUCAAACAGGAGAACGUGGAAACCGAGAAGAAACUCAGUGGGAAGCUUUACCUGGUGGACCUGGCUGGCAGUGAGAAGCAAGGGAAGCCCUACGUCUUUGACCGGGUGUUACCUCCCAACACAACCCAGGAGCAGGUUUAUAAUGCCUGUGCCAAGCAGAUUGUCAAAGAUCUAGGGGAUGAUAUCUGA